AUGAACAACAACAAAUAUAAUAGCACCAACAACAAAAACGAAAACUCAUUUACAAAUUCGAAAAAUAAAACUGGUUACCCGACAUUAUUCUCAUCAUCCAUGACCUCCAUCGGAUCAUCGUGGAACGAUCCGAACAGGCUGGAGAUGGUUGGAGACGAGGAGAUCAUGAUGGAUAUAUACAACGGCUCAACAAGCAACAACAACACUCACGACAACUCCACACAAAAUUUCUUUAACGGGCACGCUGACAACAAACGAACAAGCAUUAACGGGCACGCUGACAACAAACGAACAAGCAUUCAUCGACCGACAGGUGGGUCUGCAGGCAUCUCCAACGGUGAGGUUAACUAUGAUAAGGUUACGAACAGCAAUUUAAAAUCAACUUUUUUUUUAACAACGCCAAAACCUUUUUCUUCCGAGGCUACAAAAUAUUCAUCAAUUACGCCAAUAAAAAACAAUUUUCAGUUAGAACAUAAAAGCAAAAAAACUCUCACAAAAACAAAGGAACAAAAUUCAACAACUACAACAACAGCAGAAAACAAAUCUUCAAAUAACAAUCAAAAUGAAAAUGGAGUUGUUCACCUGAGUACUCGAAUAAUCAGCGACGAUGUCCCAGCCAGGAGUUAUGGUGUUGACUACCUCCGAUCGGAAUCCGUCAUUUCGUACGUUAAUCCAACCACCCAGCCAUCAGUCGUGGCAUGUUCCAUUGCGUCAACCCAAUCUACGUCCAAUUUGCAACUUGUUUCAGACGUAACAAAAAAUAUAGUGACAUCAUCAAAUUCAACCAAAGUUGUCGAAACUCAAAUUUCAAAAACACUAAAUAAUUUUUCAUCAGCAGUUGAAAACAAUAAAACUUCAUUGACGGAUAAUUUUUAUAUUACCAAUUACGAAACGGAUCAAACUUCAUUUAUAAAUCCUGUUCUUUCUCGGGCGGCCACUUCUAAAAAGUAUGUAGCUCCUUUACCACCCACGUCAACAUCUUACCAAACAACAACGUCAUCUUCAACGAAUAAUUCUGUCACAAAUGGUACGACGACAAUUACCGAAAAUUCAUUGCCAACCACAAAACCUGCUCCUAGAUUUGACUUUUCGGCAUAUGAAAAAGGAAAGUUGCCCAAUAUUUCUAAACCUUCUCUGCUCAAAUCCCCGACGUUAAAUAUAACAACAUCAAAUCCAUUAACGACUCAUUCAGAAGCAGCAGUUUCAACGACUUCAGUAAUGCCUCCGUUGAUCAACAGCUAUGUUCAAUCAACAGUGUUUUCAGAAAAUGGUUUAAAUAGAAAAGAUUUGUCGCCUUCUGAUGAAAAUAUAAAUAAUGAACUAACAAAAUUUCCAAGAACGCCUACAUCACCCUUGUCGCCAACAUUUCAAAAUUCCGCCAAACUAACAACAACAACAUCAACAACAAUUCUAGAAAAUAAGAACAAUGUGUACAAAGAUUUCAGUAACACAGUUUUAUUAUUAAAUGACAGUUUUAAUAAUUCAAAUAUUAUAAGAGAAGAAAAAUCGGUUUUGACCGGUGGUUUUCAUAUCGGACUGCCAACAGUUUUUAAAAAAUCACCACCUAAUUUCAACAAUACAGAAGUUUCACCAGCUGAUCAAAAUGAACAUUUUCGACCUUCCGUGCAAAAUAAACAGGAAUCAAGUGAUGGGAAGUCAAUUCAAAUUUUAAAUGAAAAUUCAAAAAAUAAAAAAAUUUCUACAAAUACUGUCAACAGUUUUGAAUCAAAUUCCAAAAAGAAAUCUUUUAUAAGGUCUUACGAAUCAAAAUUAUCACCGACAACAUACCAGCAAAAUUCAGAAUCAGUCUUCGUUAAUAAAUUUGAUCUUUCGUCAAAUGAUCAAAAACUAAACGUAGCAUCAAAAAAUAAAUCUGAAUUUUUAAAUCCAAUAAAUAAAAAUUCUAACAUUAACAACGAGUUUAAACAGCCAUCAACAGAUAUUCCUCCAACGACUCAAAUAGCCAAUAUAUCGGUGCAAAAAGAAAAUAUGAAUGAAUUUCAAAUAAAAAAAGACGAUUUUUUAAAAACAACCGCCAUUGACAAAGUUUUAUUGGACUCGCCAGACAAUCAAGGUAAUGUUUCUAAGCACGUGUCAAAAAUAAAUAUCCCACCAAUAUUUAACCACACUUAUAAUUCAAAUUUAAAUAAAAAAUCUUUAGUUAACAUUCCACAGAAUAAUUUUAUAAGAGACAAACGUUUUAUAAAUCAUCUUGAAAACGUAAUAGCUAAAUCAGCAACAUCAUCACCGAACAUCAGGGCAAAUUUUAAAAAUGAUAACAAAAACGUUUCGAAUAACAAACCGAUAUUUAAAUUUCUUGUCGAAGGCAUCGAUAUACCAGGAAACUCGGAAAACCACACAGCUCAUGAACAAGAAGAUUUAAGUGCCAACAAUGAAACGACUGCUAAAACUCGCAAGGAACCAAAAGGUUUCAGUUAUAUAAAGGACAAAAGAUCAGCUGAACAACUCACUAAAUUAGCUGCCGAAGUAACGGCAAGGAAACCACACGAAUCAGUUGAGAGUUUAAAUUUAGACAAGGAAGUGAAGAGUCCAGGCGAAAAUGACUUUAUGAAAGAAGCCCGGAAAAAAUUACAUGCUCAUUUGAAUGGGUUGAAAAAAUUUGAAUUGCACGAAUCAUUAGUUGGUGAAAAUGAUCGAUCAGAGUUUUCAAAAAGCGUUCCAAAUAUCAACGAUUCAGGCUUGGAUGACAAUUAUGUUUUUUCUAAUAGAUUAACACCGUUCAACAAAGAUGACAAAAUGACUGACGUUAACAAACAACGAGGUGUACAUGGCAACAGAAGACAUAAAACUGAAUCGAACAUACAAACGAAUAAUUUCAACAACUUGAGCAACAAUGACUGGCACAAUGUGACACCUAACGGUCCACACAGCAUACCUCAUGACACGAGCAGAAUAUUUUUAAGACCUCAUAGUAAUGACAUGGAACAAUUAAAAAAGUUAGAAAAAGAAAGAAAUCAAACACUGAAGAGAAAGACAGUUAACUUAUUCAAAUCAUCUACUACAGAUACGAAUAAUCAAUAUCUUGCGCCAAUCAAUUUUUCAGAUUUAAAAGUCAAAAACGUACAAAAUUACGAUAGUGUUGACUUUUCACCGCGAGGAACUUACGAAGAGAUAAAUAGCAACCUCAUGUCAAGUUCAAGCGAUUUUUCAAAAGACGAGCCGAGUCUGAGUAGCGGUCGUUAUACAAAAUCUAAAAAUUCUUCAACGCCCUCUUUGAAACAAUCUAAAAUAAAACAAAAAGCCAAGAUGUACAACGGCAAUAAAAAAAUAAUUGACGAAUCGCAUACAGCGACAGGCAAUCGAUACCCAACGUACAAUACAAACACUCCUACCAGGCAGCAUGCAUCAACGCGCUCUACUGAUCAUCGAACAGUUUACAACGAUCCAGGUAUGCUCUCACCUGUACUACAAGCUGGUGCUCGUUCAGACAGCACGCAGCCUACAAACGCCAGGCUUAUAGAAGAUGCGUACAACAGAAGCCAACCAUACGAUAGCAGAGAUGCUAUCGAACAAAACAAAACAAUAACACGUGGUCGUAUCAAAAAUUCUGAAUCGGAUUUUGACGGAAAUAAACGAAUAAAUGUAAACAACUAUUUAAAUGCAAACGAAAGUAGUUCGGAAUAUUCUGACGAUAGUUUCUAUAAUUCAAACGAUAUAAAAAACAGACAUCGUGAUAACUUUGUGAGUUCAUCUAGACAUUAUGGUUCUGAAACAAAUUUAACGACGCAAAACAAAUUUACAACACCGGGAAAUAUAAAAAUCGGAAUUGAAAAGGCUGACAGAAACAAAGUAAGUGCUGUUGAGGUAAGAAAUCACGAUAUCCCCGUGAAAGGCUUUAUAACAGUCAACAAACUCAAAAAACCAAAUUCGUCAAGUCUGACGAACAUUCCAAGCGUUGUUUAUGGAGAAUUAACUUUAUUGAAAAAUGGUAUAAAAUCGCAACAUAAUAGAAUUAGAUCUCGGACGUUGGCAGCACCUCACGUAACAGUUGGCGGCCCAGGAGUUUAUUCCAAAAGUUUGCAUGAUCAAAAUCAAAUUUUUCAAUUUAACUCUAAUUACAUAAAAAAUUCAAUUUCAUUGCACGAUUUAACGUCUGGAAAUUCAAACAAAAAAUUAAUUUCGGAUUCAUAUAAAACAACAACGUUGAAUAGAUUUUCGUCUAAAAUAGUUUCAAAAAAAGGAAAAGGAAUGCAAGGAUACGAUACAGUUACACGGUCACUCCCAUCUAUUGAGGCUGCAAGUGUAGAUCCGGAAUUAGAAAAGGUAGGGAAGUUAGGCAACCAGUACAGAAUUCAAUUAAAAUUAAAUGCUGCAUUACCUGAAAAACAUGGCUUAACAAGUGGUAGACAAAGUCGUUUAACAAAUGUUUCAUACCAUGAAAUGCCUCAUUUGAAUCAAGAAAAAUAUCGCCCAGCUUCUGGAUUGAUGUACAGUUCAAAUUUUGUAGAGUUUGAUGAUGGAUUGAAUCAAACGGUGAAUAAUCUUUCGUUAAAUUAUAGUAGUCCAGUGCCACCCCCGUUGUCAUUUUACCACAGUCCUUCUUAUAAGAACAAUCAAAUUGACUCACUACUUUCCUUGCAGGUAUCACCGCAGACAAAUUUAUUAACAACCGUGAACAGAGGUUCUGAGAAUGGUGAAAAUUUUGCCAUCAAAUCAAUAACAGCUUCAAAUUCAACUCAACAGUCCCAUAACCCAAGCAAAGUUGAAUUUCAAUUAGAACUCCUUCCAUUACCUGAGGCUUCGGUGGAAACAUUUGCAGUUCCAAGUACUUAUCCGACAGGAACAACAAGUAGGAAAACAAAAUCUCAGGCACAUGAUUACAACAUGACUUUAAACAACACAAUGAGAUUAGAAUAUGAACCACCCCACGAAUUUUUUGGAGAAAAACAUUCGUUGAAAAAUCGAACUACUCCGAUAACACCAGAUGACGAGUAUAUGCACCAAAACAAUAUGGACCCAAAUGCUUUCCCUAAAAUUGUCCGAGGCUCAAUUCUUAUACGAAACUCUCUUGAUAAAGAAACAAGUCGACGUUAUUUGAACGCACUGCAUAACGACAGAAACAAAUCAAAAAACAAUCUUUUCCACGCAAAGUAUCACCAGAGGCGAGAAAAUCCGGCUUAUUCAAGUGAUUUUGAGAACAUGGAUAAUUAUUUGAAAAAUAGUAAACAUUUAAUCUCGUCUAAAGAUAGUGAUGCCAACGAUGAAACGUUUCAAGAAAUUCCUACCAUUGCACAGGAUUGGGAUGAAAUAGACAAUCGAAAUAUUCCUGUAAAUCGGGAAUGGUAUUAUGAUUACUUAACCGACUCGAAAAGAAAAUCAGAAAAUUCCAACAAAAGAUCUGGUGCUUGGAAGUUGAAGUCUUCCAAAAACAACGAAUCAUCCAAUUACACCGACGGGGAGACUAGCAACUACAACGACUCCAGGCACCGUACACAUGGCACUCAGGUAGAAACUGCGUUGAAUGUUGAUGCGGUUUCUGAAAAAGUUGAAUUAAGUUUAUCGAACGGGAUUGUGACUAUAGAAGUGAAGGUACGAUGCGAAAGACUUGUUCCGAUCCGUGGGACUUCGGAUAUGUUCAGAAAAUCAGCAGUUGUGGUGACGAGAAAAAUUGAGAUCGACAUGACGGUGACCCCGGAAAGAAAAUCUAUGUAUGAAACGGCAGUUGCUUUGUCAAAAAAGCAACACGGCACACAAGAAACAUCAAACAAAAGUUCCAAAUGUUUGAGACUCUCUACAAAAGACACAUUUGAACUCUACUGCAAAUUAAUGGAAAUGGCCGAUAAAAUAGAAGGCCCAGAAGAAGGGAUGUUGUUUGGUAGUGUACACAUAGAUAAGGAGUUGGAGGAAAAUAAAAGAUUGCCCUAUGGAGCAACUUCAGCAGAAAUUCUCAUAACCGACGAUAACUUACUCUCGCCACAAAGUUCUAUGUACCAUAGAGCAAGAACGCGUCCAUCUUAAAUAUUUUUUCGUUCGAAUACUUUUCAGGUAUACUUUGUUCAACUUUACCUAUAUUUUUUUUUGUUUGCGUUAAUUUUAUUUUUAUUAUAUUAUAUUUGAUAAAAGUAACUUUAUUAAAUCUUUUGGUUCGAAUUUUUGCUAUCGCAAUAUUUAAAUUGAAAGUAUUAUUUAAUUUAAUAUAAAUUCAGCGUUGCUAUAUUUAACAGUUGCAAAAUCGUAACAAGUUUUCUUAUAAUUUAAAAAAGAUCGAAAAUAUACCAAAGGAUUCAUUAAAUUAAAUUAAUUUUAUUGAUUAAAUUUUUUAAUAUUGUAAAAAAUGUUAUGAUUCAAUGUUUAAUUAAACAAUUUUAAAUAUGCACUGUAGAGAUCGAUUUUUAUAAAUAUUAACGUAUGUCCAUUAUAUCUGAUUAUCAUUUUUUAAUUCUCUGAUAAUUGAACAAAAUUAUGAUUGAUAAAAAAUAAAAAUUUUAAAAAUAAUUGAUUAAACUGCUCAUUAUUUUAAAUUAUUAUUAAAAUUACAAACAAAU